AAAUUGUAAAUCAGUAGUACCAACCACAAGGUGAUGUCAAAUUUGACAGCACCAUUUUAAGUUCUUUUACUUCGUUUCUCCCGUGGUUGAACAUGGCACCAUCUGCUAAGACCAACAAGAGCGACAAACCCGCUGCUGCCAAAAAGGCCGAGCCAGCAAAGGCUGCCCCAGCUGCCGCUAAGGGCAAGGUUGAGAAGCCAAAGGCUGAAGCUGCCAAACCUGCCGCAGCAGCUAAAAAUGUAAAGAAGGCACCUGAGGCUGCCAAAGAAGUUAAGGCCGCCGCAACCAAGGCUGCCCCCGUGAAGAAGGACGCAAAACCCGCCGCUGCUCCUGCCAAGAAGGAAGCUAAACCCGCUGCUCCAGCCAAGGAAGCACCCAAGAAAGAUGCCAAGGCUCCUGCUGCUAAACCAGCUGCUGCUGCUCCAGCCAAGAAGGCCGAACCCGCCAAGACCGACAAGCCUGCUGCUGAAAAACCACAAAAGGCAGUUGCCAAACCUGCUGCUGCUAAACCCAAGAAGUCUGUGACUGCUGCCGCUGCCACCGCUACUGGUAAGGUUGGAAAGAAAACCGUCUUGCGCGGCAAGGGCCUCAAGAAGAAGAAGGUGUCUUUGCGUUAUGGCAUCGACUGCACCAACAUCGCUGAAGAUAACAUUUUGGAUGUUGUGGACUUCGAAAAAUACGUUAAGAGCCGCAUGAAGGUUAACGACAAGGUUAACAAUUUGGGCAACAAUGUUACCUUUGAACGCGUCAAAAUGAAGUUGUAUGUCAACUCGGAUGUCCACUUCUCCAAGGCCUAUUUGAAGUAUUUGACCAAGAAAUACUUGAAGAAAAACAGCUUACGUGAUUGGAUCCGUGUUGUUGCCAAUGAAAAGGAUUCAUAUGAGCUCCGCUACUUCAGAAUUAAUUCCAAUGAUGAUGAAGAUGAGGAUGCCGAGUAAAUCCAUUAUUGCUUAAACCAGGAAGUAAAAAACUUUUUGUAAAGUUUUAGUAAUUUUAAUAAAAAGAAAAGAUUUGUUAACUUUUUUUGAAAGUUCAAAUUGUA